GCCCUGUCGCAAAAGUAGCUUAUCGCUCUUUCCUAAAACCGAGCCAACAGAGAAAGUUACAGCGUGAGAGCAGCAGAUGCAUGUAUAGACAAGGGAAGAAUUGCGAAACGACGCCGUACAGUUACAAAACCUCUUUGCAAGGGCUCCGGUGACAACUCGCUAAUCUCCGAUGAUCUGAGACCCACUGGCGAAGUCUGAACUGUAUCAGCUCCAGCUGCAGGAGGAAAUGGCUGUACCUGACCAAAGAUCACACUCCGACGGCAAGGUGUGGGGUUUCUUCAAGUUGCCGUUUCGGGGAAACAACACCAUCACGAUGUCUUCUUCUUCUACGUCACACAGUUCUCAUCUUCAGCAUCACCACAAUCAAAGUAACAUGCAGGUCGAGGGAUCGAAUCUCCAUCCUUCCGGCUCAGUUUCUUCCGUGGCGAGAUCUCUUCUUCCGACACGACGUCGUCUUCGCCUUGAUCCGUCGAAUAAGCUCUACUUUCCAUAUGAACCUGGCAAGCAAGUCAGGAGUGCCAUUAGGAUUAAAAACACGAGCAAGUCUCAUGUAGCUUUUAAGUUCCAAACUACAGCACCUAAAAGCUGUUUUAUGCGUCCUCCAGGGGCCAUUCUUGCUCCUGGCGAGAGUCUUAUAGCAACUGUGUUCAAAUUUGUGGAGCAUCCGGAGAACAAUGAAAAACCAAUGGAACAGAAGAGCAAGGUUAAGUUUAAAAUCAUGAGCCUAAAGGUGAAAGGACCAAUGGACUAUGUACCUGAGAUGUUUGAUGAGCUGAAAGAUCAGGUGGCAGUAGAGCAGAUACUGCGGGUUGUAUUUCUUGAUGUGGAACGUCCUAGUCCGGCCCUGGAUAAGUUGAAGCGCCAGUUGGCUGAGGCUGAGGCUGCAGUUGAGGCUCGCAAGAAACCACCAGAAGAGGCAGGUCCAAGGAUUAUUGGGGAAGGACUUGUCAUAGAUGAAUGGAAAGAGCGAAGGGAAAGAUACCUUGCUCGACAGCAGGUUGAAGGGGUUGACUCAGUAUAGAGUGAAGGAUGUUCUUGAGUGUUUUUGAUUGAAUGGAAAUUUAUAUGAACUGCUACUGAUUUUCGUAUAUCAAUGUCUACCCAUGGAAAACUUUUGAGGUAAUGCAACGUCAUUUCAUGUAAAACAAAAGAAAAGGUGAGAUGAAUCUUGUAUGAUUUGAGGACUAAAGACUUGGCUAGUUGCCACCUACCUGUAGAUAAUGUGAUUUUGUUUCUUCUGAAAAUAAAAUGUCUUUCUGGAUGUAAGAUGCUAAA